CAGCAGCUGGGAGCUAUUUGACCACGUGACUGGAGAGAUGUUUCUGUCGCUGUAAGCAGCCAUCAUUUCACCCAAUACAAGCCUAUGCUAGAAAGACAGAGAGGAGAUAUAGGCAUGGAUUUGCACGGGAAUACCGACUGAAAGGCACAUACUCGAUCCACUCCUUCGCCUAUGGUUUAUGGUUUCCGGUAAGUAUCAUUUGCAGGUGAGCUUAACUAGCAGCUGCUUUGACCUGGUUUCCCAGCAACCACUGGCAUAAAAACAGCAGCCUUGGCCUCCUUAUUGGUGGAGGGGCAUAGGUGAAGGAGUGGACCCUGACUGCCCUCUUAUCUCUGUUAUUUGCUUUGUUUUGUGACAAGAGGGGGAGUAAGGUGCUAAUAAGACCACCCAGAGCAUGGGGCAGAAGGUUCCGGGAGGCAUAAAGACUGUGGACAUGCGGGACCCGGCGUUUAGGCCUCUCAAGCUAGAGCUGCAGGCCCUAGACUACACCAAGCCCUCCCGCCUGGAUAUGUUGUUAGACAUGCCAUCAGCCUCACAGGAAGUCCAAGUUCAGCACUCGUGGAACAACGACGACCGGUCGCUAAACAUCUUUGUUAAAGAGGACAAUAAACUUAUAUUUCACCGGCACCCUGUAGCGCAGAGCACAGAUGCUAUCCGGGGCCGAGUGGGAUACACACGGGGACUACAUGUGUGGGAGAUCAGCUGGGCCAUGCGCCAGCGGGGCACCCAUGCAGUUGUUGGGGUGUCGAUGGGUGAAGCCCCACUGCAUUCUGUAGGAUACACUGCACUUGUAGGAAACAAUAGCGAGUCCUGGGGCUGGGACCUGGGACGUAAUAAACUCUAUCACGAUGGCAAGAACCAGCCCAGUAGGACGUAUCCAGCUUUUCUUGAGCCUGAUGAAACCUUUAUUGUCCCAGACUCGUUUUUGGUGGUCCUGGACAUGGAUGAGGGGACUUUAAGUUUUAUCGUCGAUGGACAGUAUUUAGGGGUUGCUUUCAGAGGACUCAAAGGAAAGAAGCUAUACCCUGUAGUGAGUGCUGUGUGGUGACACUGUGAAAUCCGAAUCCGGUACAUCAAUGGACUUGAUCCUGAACCUCUGCCAUUAAUGGACCUCUGUAGGCGCUCAGUGCGAGUCGCGUUGGGAAGAGAGCGACUGCGUGAAAUCCAUGGACUGCCCUUACCUGCUUCCCUUAAGAACUACUUGCUCUACCAAUGAUGAUUGUAGUGCCUUUACAACCAUUCAAGACAUAGUGUCCGCCUCUGCUACUCUCUGGGAUUAAUCAUCUUUCUGGCAAGCCUGUUUCAUUACAUCUUCGUUUUGUUUUCGGUGCCAUUCUCGGUCACUGGGUAUGGUACCAACAAUAUUUGUUACAAAUUGGACUGAGGAUGUAUCAUGCUUGAUACUUUCAGGAUCAAGUGUGUUGUUUCUUGUUGCUUCAUUCAUAUACUGGAAAUCCAUCUGAAGGUUUUCGCCAGAAUCUAAUGGCAGAUAUGAAAACAAAAACCCUUCUUCUCUCUAAUCAUGGCUUAGUGAAACUUCAGCUGUUUGUCAAGGCCUUUUCCUUUUAUAAUUGUUUUUUUUUUUUUUUUAACUCCAUCCUCUUUUCU